AGGUUGCAGCGUGAAGAUGGCCCCAAAAGAUAUCCCCAAGCAACUUCUACAUUUGAUACGUCAUUUUCAUCCUCCGGUCAAGAAAUGACUCACACAGAUCUCAACCUUCUUCCGCCAAAUUUGUACACUUCUAUUAGCCUACUUCUUUUCCUUUUCUCCUUCUUUUAUGCUAAUUCCUCCUUUGCACUUUUUCUCAUGGUUUCUCAUCAUGUCGACUCUUUUUGAAAGCAUUCUCAGCGACAUUUCUGUAGGAUCGCAGUCCAGUUCCCACUUUCGGCAUUUGCGGCCUGCAAGCUCAAGAAAUGACUCAUGCAGAUCUCAGCCUUAUUGCUAUCCGCAACGUUAUCUUUCUUUAAAUUUUCUAGUCGUGUUACUAGUUAUCUUUCUCUUGUUUUGUCUCCAUAUUGGUGGAGGUCUUGAUAUGAUGUACUUCGAAGUCUAAUUACGAGCGUUGGAGGAAUCAUUUCUACUUUAAUUAUAGACUAGAAGAUAGAGAAGUUGGAAUCAUUUCUACUUUCGUGCCGAGAAAGACUCUUAGCUAUUUGAAGUAGAGUGUGACAUUCGAACUCUAAAGACUCUAGGUCGCCGUCGCCAAAAGUCAUAUUCGAACUCUACAGACUCUAGAGUAGAAAUGUUAAUUCGAGUAGAAGACUGAGCCAUAUUUAUAUGCAGUUUGUAAAGCC